AUGCUGAACAGAAUAAACAAGCAGGGCACAACAAUAUUUAAUGGAGCUGGCUACUUGGUGACUCGAGCUGCUGCUUCUAUGCAAGAAGCUUGUGAAGCAUCUAACUGCAGUUUCUUUUCAACAUUAAAGGGACUUUUUGAAGGCACGAAAGCUUGCAGAAGAGAAAACGGAGGUAUUUACCUAUUUCGGCCUCAAGAAAAUGCUAUUCGCAUGCAAAAUGGGGCCCACAGAAUGUGCAUGCCUUCUCCUUCUCUUCACCAAUUCCUCGAUGCUGUCACACAAACUGCACUUGCCAACACUCGCUGGAUACCUCCACCUGGAAAAGGGUCGUUGUACAUUAGGCCUCUGCUUAUAGGAAGUGGACCUGUGCUGGGUUUGGCACCGGCUUCUGAGUACACAUUUUUAGUGUACGCUUCUCCUGUUGGCAAUUAUUUUAAGAGAGGAACGGCACCUCUCAACUUGUACGUUGAAGAUGAAUAUCACAGAGCCACUAAUGGAGGUGCUGGAGGUGUUAAGAGCAUUACUAACUAUGCCCCUGUCCUGAAAGCCAUAAGUCGAGCUAGGGAGAGAGGGUUCUCGGAUGUCUUGUACUUGGAUUCUGCGAAUAAAAGAAACAUUGAAGAGGUCUCGUCUUGUAACAUCUUCAUACUCAAGGGAAAUGUUCUUUCGACUCCAGCACCUAACGGUACUAUUCUCGAAGGAGUCACGCGUAAAAGCAUCAUGGACAUUGCUCGUUUUCUGGGUUACAAGGUCGAAGAGCGUUGUAUCCCGAUUGAAGAAUUGAGUGAUGCGGAUGAAGUAUUCUGCACCGGGACAGCUGUUGGGGUUAUCCCUGUGGGAAGUAUCACUUACAAGGGCAACAGGAUCGAGUAUAAGACGAGUGGCCAACUUGUGUCAAAGAAACUGUAUUCAGAACUUUUGGGGAUCCAAAGUGGGACUGCUGAGGAUAGAUGGGGAUGGAUUGUCAAGAUUGACUGA